AUGUAAGAAUAAGAAUUUCUUAAAAAUGAGAACAAACCUUUCCUUCUUAAAUAACAACAAUAAAUUACACGUACUGUUCUUCAAUCCUUAAUUCAUGAGUAUCAUAUUCUCAUCAAAGGACUCACCAAUUAGUAAUUUAAAUAACUAUCUACUAGAGAAUAUCAAGAUUAUUGUAAUGUAAAAGGAGCCUGUGGUUAGACUAUUCCUCUAAUUUUAAUCUUACCUAUUGGUUUAGCUAUAGGUACAUUAUAGUUAAUAUUGUUAUUUUUUAAAAAUAUUAGAGAAGGUAUUUUAUGAUAUUAGAUUAUUUAAUAGGGCCUUUAAUACCAGCAGUGAUUUAAUUUAUAUUAUUAUAAACAGCAUAAACAUUGAUAAUGUAUAUGAUUCUAAAAGCUUGUGAAGUUAUUCCAAAAAAAAUUGAAAAUCCUUUAUUAUUUGGGAAGAUAACAUCUUACAUUUUCAUGUGCUUAAGCAUAGCUGAGGGAACAUUAAUUAUUGUAUAUAUAUAUAUAUUAUAUUUUAUAAAGGAAAGAAUUUCAAAUUUCAACUAAUUUUCAUAGUCUUAUUUUUGGGCAAUUUUUGGAUUAAUAAUUUGGCAAAAGAUAAUAUAAUUAUUUAUUUAUGAUUGUAAACUUAGAAUUGGAAUAGUUAUAUUUUUAUAUAUUUAUUAUGUAUUUAGAUUAGAUUGUGAUUUAUUCAAUAAAGUAAUUAACUACAUUAUAAUUUAGGAUAUUAUAAAAGUAAUUUCAUACAUAUGUUUAGAAAUUAUCUUUAUUGUAGAUGCUGAAUUAAAAAAUUAUUCUCAAUAUUAAUUUGAAAAUAAUAUGUAAUUUAGAAUUAACAAAGAGGAUGUUCAAUUUAUGAUUCCAUAAGUUUAAAUGUAGACUUAAUAAUAGAUUCUAGAAAUCAUUACUAAUCAAUUUCCUAUUAUUAUAUUUGAUCAGACUAAAGAAUUACUUCAUAUUUCAGGUGUUGGAUUAAAAUAACUAUAAAUGGAAGAUGAUUAAAAUAAAAUAGAUUUGAUAUCUGCAGAAAUUAAAUUAAGAAAGAUGGAAGUUAUACAAUUAUUUACAACAAAUUAAUAAUAGAAAGAUAAUUUGAUUUAAUUAAAGAGGAUGGCUAAAUUCGGAUCAACUUGUGGAACUAAUGAAAAAGGAGAAUUAUUACAUUCUCUUAUAAAUGGACCAGCACUUUAAUAAUUACGUAUCUUAAGGUAACCUUAAGAUAAUUAAAGAAUUAUUCAUUAUAAUCCAGAUGGUGUUUUAGAGUAAUUACUUAAUAAUUUAAUUAAUGAUUAAUAAUCAGAAUAUAAAGGUAUAUCUAAAUUCAAUCUACCAAAAAAUUAAUUUAAAUAUUUUUAAUUUACAUUAAUUAAAGUACCUAAAGGAAAUGUUUUUUAAAUAUUCUUAAUUCUAGAAGAUAUUACUUAAUUUUAUUAGGAUAUUAAUUUAAACUAGAAGAAAGAGGAAGAAGAUCUUCCAAUUAUUUGUUAAGAAUUUAGAUAAAUGUUAUUCUGUUAAUAAAACUUUUAGGUUCCUCUAAAAUUACUCAAUAUUGAAAUGAAAAAUACUAUUAAAUAUUCUAAAUAAUAAUAUUUAUAAGAAGAUAUAUUUAAACCAGAUACUUUAAUUAAUUAAUUAUAAACAAAGUAUUAAAAUUAAAUAAAUACAAAUAUUAAAUUAUAAUUUUAAAAUAAUUUGAAAAUAAAUACAGGAGAAUUUAAAACAGAUUAAUUGAGAUUAAUGUAAAUAAUGUAGAUAUUACUUGAAAAUAGUAUUAAUAAUACAAAGGAAGGAUUCAUAAAAAUUAUAAUAGAAGAUGAUAAAAGAUAGAAUUGUAUAUAAAUAUCAGUUGAAGAUACUGGUAAAGGUAUCAAUUAAGAAAUUAUUUAAGAAGGAUUUAAUAUUAAUUAAAUUAGAUCUUUAAAUAUAGUUAAUUAUUUAACUAAAAUUAUGGGUCCUUUAUUUUAUUGUAAAAAAAUUACAGGUUAAGUUGCAAAUAAAGGAAUAAGAAUUAAAUCAUUAUAAGAUUGUGGUACAACAAUAUCUUUUUCAAUCAGAAAUUUAUCAUUAGAUGAAUUUUCUACUUAAUUUAUAAUAGAUGAAGAAGUUUCUUAAGAUGAAAUGGAUGUUGAUGUAGAUGAAGAUGAAAUUAUGGAAAGAUAUAUUAGAAAUGAUGAUCAAAUUUAAUAUUUAUAAAGAUUUAAUAAAGGAUUAAGAUCAUUUAUUAUUAAUAGAUAAUAAAUUUAAAAAAUUACAAAACCAUUAGAUGUCAAUACUAAUAAAAAAUCAACCAAAUUAGUUGGUAUGAUGAAACUAUAAGAAUUAGGAAGAUUUAAAAAUAUUUAAUAAUAGAAUGGAUAAUGUUAAUGCAAUCAAAAAUUAAUAAUCAAUUCAAAUUAAGAUUUUGAAAGAGUUAUGAAAUAAUAUGCAUAAGAUAAUGUUUCCUUUAUUAAUGAAUAAGACUCAUUCAAGCAUAUUAAUUUAAAAAUAAGAGAUAAAUAAUGUUUGAAUCAAUCUUGUUAAAUUUAUAAAUAAAUUAUUAUCAAUUGUCACAAAUCUGAUUUUAAUUAUAGAGAGUAAUAAUAUUCAAUUAUUUUUAGAUUAAUUAAUAGAAUUCUAGGAGUCAACAAUAACUUUAAAAUUACUGUCUUAAUAUACAAUUCAAAUGGGGAAAUAGACAUGCUAGGAACCUACAUUAUGAUGCCAAUUCAAAUAGAUGUGUUACUAUAGUAUUUAUAAGAUUGAG